UCCGUGUCAUGCGCAGGAGCCGCACUGUGCCGCGUAACGUUAGGCGAUACAGUGGAUACAGUGGAGGUCAUUUGACGGGACGAUGAUGAUUAUCGAUCGGUCAGCGAGGGACAGCUGUCACGCGCUCGCAAAGAGCGCGAGCGGAACGCACGCGGAGCAUCGAUCCGAGGGCCAGUCCCAUGCAGUUUGAAGCCCCGCCUCCAGAGCCGGACUUUAAAGCGCUCGCCGCUCUCGGACUGACGGACUGAAGCUCGAGCCGCGCGGCGCCAUGGCAACAGAGCGGCCCUCCGGACUGCGCGUCUUCUCUCUCAACUGCUGGGGAAUCCGAUUCUUCAGUCAACUCUGUACACAGCGGUACGAGAUGAUCGGAGAACUACUGGGCCGAGAGCAGCACGACAUCGCCCUGUUACAGGAAGUAUGGAGUGAAAGAGAUUUCCUUUUCCUGAAGAGAAAGCUGUCUUCCUCUCAUCCUCAUACUCAUUAUUUCAAGAGUGGGGUCAUUGGCAGUGGGCUUGCUGUGUUCUCCAGACACACGAUCCAGGACGCGCUGCUCUAUCAGUACUCUCUUAAUGGCUACCCAUAUAUGCUCCGUCAUGGCGACUGGUUUGGAGGCAAAGCAGUUGGAUUGGUCAUCGUAGACGUUUCUGGAUUAAAGGCACACAUCUAUGUUACUCACUUACAUGCAGAGUACUCCAGGGCUCAAGAUGAAUACCUUCCCCACAGAAUAGUGCAGUCGUGGGAACUGUUGCAGUUCGUGCGCCACACGUCCCGUGGAGCGGAUCUGGUGGUUCUGGGAGGGGACCUGAACAUGCAUCCUCAGGACCUGGGAAACCGUCUCCUCAGAUCCCUCACUGGCCUCAGAGACUGCUAUAGUGAAACAGACACGUUUGAUGGCUGUGAAGACGGUCACACGCUAAUAGCAGACAAUCAGUUCACAAAGAAGCAAGAUCUUAUUCCUUUCGAGAAGGGCAUCAGGAUUGACUACAUUCUCAUGAAGGGCUCUCAGAGAGUGAACAUGAAAUGUGAGUCUCUUUCCACCACCAAGGGUUCAGUGGCUGAUAAACCCUUUCCAUAUUCUGACCACGAGGCUCUGACUGCUGACCUGACCCUGCUGCGCUCCGAGGACAGCAGACAGCGUGGAUCAGACAGUAAGCACACAGAUGCUGCACUGGCUGCAUCGGAGCAGAUGGACGUGGUCACAGAGGCACGUGCGCUGGUGAAAGAAGGCCUGUGUCAGACCGAGGCCCUGCGGGACAAAGCCAUGUGUCUGAUGUUCGGCGCUCUGCUGAUACUGCUGCUGCCGCUGGCUGUGGCCUUCCUGCCCUGCUCCUGCUCCUGCUCCUUCAGCACCAUGGGGCUUCUGGGAGCCGUUUGCAUGGCCCUGCUCCUCUCUGGAGCUCUGCUCUACCUGCUCUUCACCACACACAUCAAAGUCCUGAAAGAGACUGAAGACCAGAUGACGCUGACCUCUCGUGACCUCCAGACUAAACUGACGGGAUGUCAACUGUCUGGAUCUUCAUCCUCCGAUGGUUCUCCAGAGAUCCAGCCGCUGGGUCCUUUUAAACGGGAGGAGUAAGGUUGACCCAUAAGAGCUGGUCCUGGAUCAGGUUACUGUACCUCAGUGUUACACAAUAGCUGUUAGGAUAUGACUUGAAGGAGCUGAUCCGAGAUCAGUGCUCUGAGGCUAUACCUACCUCAAUAGACAAGAUAAAUCAUUGUGGAGCUACUGCUCUUUGCGUUUCAACGAACUGUAAAUCUUGAAGGCUGGAAAGGAAAGCCCUGUUUGUUUCCACGAGGGCGAGUAAUUUAAUUCUGUGCUUGUCUAUGCUUGUAAAGACACAGUGUGCUUUCUGAUAUUUUGUUGAGGUACUACUAGACCACGUUUUAGGCAUUAUAAUCACCGUUUGAAUGUCACUUCGUCAUAAUCAUGAAUAAAACAAUCACUAUUCUGAAGCA